GCUGGUGCAAGGGUUGCGUCAUGCGGGCUCCUUAAAGGGCGCGCGGCGGCCGAGGCGGCGGUUCCAGACCGGCAGCAGCAGGGGGAAGAUGCGGGCGAGGAUGAGCCGGAGGCAGCGCGGGAGCCGGGGCCAGGGGGAACAGGGGCCGCGCAGGAAGUCUUCUAGAAGAAAGUGCAUCUUCAUACAUCACCACACGUGAGAGCAGCAAGGGAGACUGUCUGGCCCAGACCUAAUGAUGGCAGCUGAGCCGGUGCCUGCCUCCUUGCCCAGCUGGGAGCUGGAGGCUUGGUAUGAAGACCUGCAGGAGGUACUGUCCUCAGAUGAGAAUGGGGGGACAUCCCUGCCCCCUGGGGGAGUGGAACAGAAGGACCUUGCCACGCUUGAUGCCACGGUGCUGCUAUGGGGCUUGGAUUUCCCGGCCCCCUUGGCGGAGCCGACAGGCGAUGCCCCCGGGAGCUGCGAAGUAGAUGCCAGCUUGACGGCCGAGCUGCUGGAGCUGCUGAGUGGAACGGCCAAGGAGCUGGCAGAGCUCCCUGAAUCGGACUCCAGCCAGAGUUCCCCAGCUCAGACCUGCACAGAAGACGAGGAGGGGGCAGGCCCGGCCCAUGGCCGAAAGAGGAAGAGAAGCAGCCAGCCCCAGGGGCAGGGCAAGAAGCGGAGGAGGGAGAAGGAGCAGAACGAGAGGAGGGUAACAGAGCUGAUGGCAGAGAACGAGCGGCUCAAGCAUGAGAUCGAACAGCUGAGCGUGGAGGUGGAGGCCACCAGGGCAGCGCUAAUCGAGCGCAUGGUGAACCUGCAGAAGUUGUAGGGCUGAACUGAGCCCAAGGGGCUGCAGUGCCCUCUGCCUGUGGAGUCACAGGGGGGCAGCUAGGACCUGGUGCUGACUGAACUGAGGCCUCCUGGUGGGAUGUGGCCCCCUUGCCCUAAGACAGCUGUGCAGAGCCAGGGGCUGGACCAGAGGGUGAACGGACCAGUGGCUGCCCUGGGCAGAUUGACUCUGACAGCAGCCCCAGGGGGCCUUACAUCUGCUGGUGCUGCAUGGGGAGAGCUGGCAAAGGACCUGGAUGGCAGGAACUUCCCCCUCCUGGUUGUGCCAAUGCAGUGCUUGAGGCUAGCAGGCACUAGACCAUGUUUUCCCCUGCCAGCUGGCACAGCCCCCUCCCCCCCAUGACUAACUGCUAUUGAACAAAGGCCGGUGACUGCCAGAGCUGCAGGAGGGGCUGUUGUAAUGAGCCUCACAGCAUGUCGAGCAAACCCUUUAUUGUACAUCGUGGCGCAGUCAGCGCUUCCCCCAUUACACCCCGUACACCUGA